AUGAACCUACAGCUUGACAAAACAUGCUCGUGGAUGGAUAGCGGUGGAAACUACAGCAGUGAGUGGCACCUUCCUGGCACUCCACGAGACUCCUUCUGUCAAUGGCCUGGCUUCCAAGCCGAUUAUAGGCAAUUUCCAGUAGACUGGAGUUAUGUUCAAAACACUUCCUGGUCCGAUAUGGAAUCUGUUUCCUAUGCGCCUGUCCAGCAAGAUCAAGUUCAUGGUAUGGACUGGUUUCAAUAUGGGUCUGACCUCGAGUCUGAGGUCGAGUUCAUCGCGAGGAAUCCCACUGUCGAACCAUUCAGUGUAAACAAGUCGACAAUAAGUGAAAAUACGCCCGCCGAAACAUCCAAUGGCGGUUGGAGGAAGACGUCCUGGCCAGACUUUGAAGAGUCCACACGCCUCGUCUGCGGCGACCACGAACACUCCAGCCACACCCGCAGCAGCAUACCCCAUCCGUUCCCCCGACGGCAAUUCAAAUGCACCGUUGCAAGGUGCAGUAGUCGCUUUCGAUAUCUCAAAGGCCUACAGCGUCAUCUGUCCAGUCACCAGGCUGAAAGGUCAUAUGUCUGCUGGGUUCCAGAGUGCCAGCGCCGCUUCACCCGUGGCGACAACCUCAAAACCCAUUAUGCCACACAUGGGAGACCGGGCGGCCGCAAUCGCUACGUGGCGACUCUGGAUCGGACUAGCUCGGCCUAUGAUCCUUCUUUUCGUGGACGGCUGACGUCCGAUGGGUGGCCAGUCACGGAGGGACAAGGCUCGUCCGAUAUGUAA